AUGGACUUCAAUGUAGUGCAAGUGACUCAACGGCGAUCCGCCGGUUACCUUCCGACUUAUGAGAGUCAUGGCAGUCGUUUGGAGGAGCUGAAGCAAGCUGCUAGGUGUUUGUUGACAUCCUUAAAUCAAACUGAAGAAAAAUUAGAUCUCAUCAAUACAAUACAACGAUUGGGAGUGGCGAAACAUUUUGCAAAAGAGAUAAACGAGGUUCUUGAUCAUGUUAAUCCGAAUAUUCCUUGUGAUCUCUACACUGUCGCCCUGCAAUUUCGGCUUCUGCGUGAGAAUGGUUUCUUCAUUACCUCAGGAUUUCAGUGGGUUUAG